CUGGAGCUGCCUGGGGGACGGGGACCGUUUCCAAUCUAACUGGUACCUCCCCCGACGUUUAGAAGGGUGCUCGCCCGUGCUGAGCUCUUAACGAGGAGCCGGGGGGAGCGGGAGCAGGGUCGCGGGGUCAGGGUAGAGGUGUCGGUGGCCUCCCUUUCCCUUCCUGUGGAAGGUGUCUUAGAGAACGGCAGCACCCGCACCAGUAGUAACAGCCGCCUCCCGGACGGACGGGACCAGCCCCGGAGUCCCCCCCGAAUCCCUCCCAGCCCCGCCGCGGCCUCUAGGCCGGAGUCGGAUGCCAGCCAUGGACCCGUGGGACCUGGAACACGUGCUCAUGGAAGACCUGGGAUUCCUGGAGAACGUGAGCCUCCCCUACAACGACACGGACCCGGUGACCUCGACGUGCUGCCCCACCCCGCCCUGCAGCCCGGAGCUGAGCCGCGCGGUGGACCGGACCCUGCUCCCGGCCGCCUACGGCCUCCUCUUCCUCUUGGGCCUGCUGGGCAACGGGGCGGUGGCGGCGGUGCUGCUGGGCCGCCGGGGGCCGCCCCUGGGGGGCACGGACACCUUCCUCCUGCACCUGGUGGCGGCCGACGCCCUGCUGGUCCUCACGCUCCCGCUCUGGGCGGUGGAGGCCGCCCGCGGCUGGCUCUUCGGGGCGGCCCUCUGCAAGCUGGCCGGGGCCCUCUUCAGCGUCAACUUCUACGCCGGCGCCUUCCUGCUGGCCUGCAUCGGCUUCGACCGCUACCUGGGCGUGGUGCGCGCCCCCCGGCUGUACCGGCGGGGGCCCCGGGGCCGGGCGCUCCGGACGUGCUGGGCCGUCUGGGGCCUGUCGGCCCUCCUGGCCCUCCCGGACCUGCUCUUCCUGUCGGCCCGGGCCGAGCCGCGCCUCAACGCCACCCGCUGCCUGCACCUCUUCCCCCCGGCCGGGCGGACGGCCCUGCAGCUGCUGCAGUUCGGGGCCGGCUUCCUGCUGCCGCUGCUGGUCAUGGGCUUCUGCUACGCCCGCAUCCUGGCCGUCCUGCUGGGCUCCCGGGGCCGGGGCCGGCGGCGGCGGCGGGCCACGCGGCUGGUGGUGGCCGUGGUGGCCGUCUUCGCGCUCUGCUGGACCCCGUACCACCUGGUGGUCCUGGCCGACGCCCUGGUGGACCUGGGCGCCCUGGCGCGCGACUGCGAGCGGGAGGCCCGGCUGGACGCCGCCCGGUCCGUGGCCUCGGGCCUGGGCUACGCCCACAGCUGCCUCAACCCGCUGCUCUACGCCUUCGUGGGCGACAAGUUCCGGGCCCGCCUGCGUCUGCUCUUGGCCCGCUGGGGCUGCCCGGGGGAGGGGUGGGGGUGUGGCCCCGCCAGCUCCCGCACCGACUCCUCCCGCUCCGAGCCCACCGAGGCCACCUACUCCCUGCACCCCCCCCGCGGCUGCCGCCCCCUCCCCCUCGGCCCGCCGGCCCGUCCCCCGCGCCCGGGACUCCCUUGGGCCGGACAGACCGCC